UGUUCACAAUAAUAUUAAACAACUCUAUACUAUUUCCAUAAUCCAUGCUACCUUCUACUAUAUAUAUAUCAUUCAACCUCAACACAAAUGGCUCAUUCAUCAUUCAUUCACUUCAACCUUAUAUAAGCUAUAGCACAUAUUCCAUAUGGAGUUUUUUGCAAUUUCAGUUAACAUCUUCCUCUUUCUCUCAACUCUCUUGAUCUCUUAUCCAUUCAUAAAGAGACACUUGAAUAAACACAACUCCACAUCCAAGCCUAAGCUUCCUCCAGGUUCAAUGGGUUGGCCUUAUAUAGGACAAACUCUUCAACUCUAUUCUCAACACCCUAAUAUCUUCUUUGCUUCUAAACAAAAAAGAUAUGGAGAAAUAUUUAAAACACAUAUACUAGGAUGUCCAUGUGUGAUGCUGGCAAGUCCUGAGGCUGCAAGAUUUGUGUUGGUCACUCAUUCUCACUUGUUCAAACCUACAUACCCCAAAAGCAAAGAGAAGCUUAUUGGUUCUUCUGCAUUGUUCUUUCAUCAAGGAGAUUAUCACACUCGCAUUAGGAAACUUGUUCAAACCUCACUUUCUCCUGAAUCAAUCAAGAAACUGAUCCCAGAUAUUGAAACACAAGUCAUUUCAUCUUUGGAAUCUUGGGUUUCUGUUGGACAAGUCGUUAAUGCUUUUCAUGAAAUGAAAAAGUUCUCUUUCAAUAUCGGAAUCCUCUCCGUUUUCGGUAACUUGGAAGACAAUUAUAGAGUACAACUUAAGGAAAAUUACAGCAUUGUAGAGAAAGGCUACAAUUCUUUUCCAACUAGGAUACCUGGUACUGCAUACUCCAAAGCACUUUUGGCGAGGCGGAGAAUUCAUGAGAUUAUAAGUGAGAUAAUUUGCAAGAAAAAGGAGCAGAAAUUGAUGGAAAAGGAUCUAUUAAGCCACAUGCUAAACUACAAAGAUGAAAAAGGAGAAAUGUUAACUGAUGAGAAAAUUGCUGAUAAUGUAAUUGGAGUACUAUUUGCAGCUCAAGAUACUACAGCAAGUGUUCUAACUUGGAUUCUCAAGUACCUUCAUGAUGAUCAGAAACUUCUUGAAGCAGUAAAAGCAGAGCAAAUGUCAAUAUAUGAAGCCAAUGAUGGAGGGAAGAUCCCAUUGAGUUGGAGUCAAACAAGAAAUAUGCCAAUAACUCAUAGGGUAAUAUUGGAAAGUCUAAGGAUGGCAAGUAUAAUCUCAUUUACUUUUAGGGAAGCUGUGGUUGAUGUAGUAUACAAGGGAUAUUUAAUACCAAAGGGUUGGAAAGUCAUGCCACUGUUCAGAAACAUCCACCACAAUCCAGAGUUCUUCAUUAAUCCUCACAGUUUUGACCCAUCAAGAUUUGAGGUUUCUCCAAAGCCAUAUACAUUUAUGCCAUUUGGUAAUGGAGUGCACUCUUGUCCUGGAAAUGAGCUAGCCAAGUUGAAUAUGUUGAUACUAAUUCACCAUCUAGUAACAAAAUUUAGGUGGGAGGUAGAAGGACAUGAAAGUGGAGUUCAAUAUAGUCCAUUCCCAAUCCCAAUUCAUGGUCUACCAACAAGAUUUUUGAGAGAACAAUAAAGUCAAGGAAGAUUAGCUAGAUUAAUGACAACAAAUUAAUAUAUUAUUAUCCUUUAUUAAUCAUUCAUGUAAUUUUUAGAUAAUGUAUGUAUGUCUUCCUUCUUAACUUUGAUGCAAUACUCUCUUUUAGAAUAACAUCUUGCCUAGACUAAUGUAAAGGAUAGUAAGCUUGUUAGCAUCAUUGAUAGUAAUUUGUUUCGGCUGAUCCUAUUUAUAAGAGAAAAUUUAAUUUUUAUAGUA